CGAGUCGAGUGUUUCCGGGUAUUCAGAGAAGAAAGAAAAAAAAUCAGUCUAUCGCCAUGUUUCACAGAGAAAUAUCUGUCAAACGCUUAUAACAGUUUUAUUGAGCGUUGUGUUUGUGAGUGUGGAAACACAGGUGUUUUGUCAUUUAGACUCAAGAUAGAGCUACAGUGGAUGGUCGGAGCGCGGGACGGUGAUUUUACAAGUGUCUUUUAAUACAGUUGAAGUGGCACGCAAUGCACCAUGGAGGAGGCCCACCAAAUAUGCAGAGGAACCUUCAGAGAUCCAAGUCCUUCACUGGAUCUGAGGCAGAAGACCAACAGCAGCAGCAACAACUACCACAGCAGCCCCAACAACAACAACAGCAGCAGCCCAUGCCGGUUACUCAACAACAGCCGGCAAAUGCCAAUCACCCCCAGUCACCGGUGACAUCUUUUGCUCCUUCCGCCAGUCCCUCUGCGCCACAGUCUCCCAAUUACCAAAUCAUCAUGAGUCGGAGUCCGGUCACAGGCCAGAACAUGAACAUCACUUUACAGAACGUGGGACCAAUGGUUCCUGGGAACCAGCAGAUCACCCUCGCCUCUCUUCCUCUCCAGAGCCCAGCAUCCCCUGGCUUUCAGCACCAGCCCCAGCAGUGGAGGUUCGAGCCCGGGUCUUCGUCUUACGUGGUGACAUCACCCUUGCCCCAGACAAUGCAGUCUCAAAGUCCAACCCAGCACAGUCCGGUCCCCAUACAAGCUGUGCCCAGGCCGAGUGCUCCUGGGUCGGCUCUGGGAGUGUGUGGUCAGAGCCCAACGCGGUUUGUGGAGGCAGGUAUAAUGGUUAGGCAAAUCAGCUUGGGCAGCCCACCUGGAAGUGGUCAUUUUGUGUACCAGGAUGGAACAGGAUUGACUCAACUGGCUACAACAACAGCAGGAGCCGUUCAGCUGACCUCACCUGGGACACCAGGGGCUGUCAGAGAAAGACGCCUGUCCCAGCCGCACUCUCAAACCGGGGGCACCAUACACCAUUUGGGGCCACAGAGCCCUGUUGCGACAGGGGCUGCUCUCCCGACGUUGGGCAGCCCUGGGCACAUCACCACCUCCAAUCUUCCUCCUCAGAUCAGUAGUAUCAUCCAAGGCCAAUUAGCGCGUCCCAUGAUUUUUGAGAAGACAGCGCAAGGUGUUGUGGCUGGUGUGGCGUCCCCGGCAACAGCCUCUUUUGGGGUCCCCUCCGCCAUCCCUCCAUCCAGCCCAUCCAGGAGCAACCCUCCCCAGGGCCUCGCCAACCAGUCCCUGACUCCCACCAGCAUGAAGAAGAUGCAGAUGAAGAAGCUGGAGGAGAUUGCACCCUCAAAUCCAGAAGUGGCGCAGUUGAGGAAGCAGUGUCUAGAGCAUCAUGCAAAGAAGAUGGAGAGUCUAAAGGAGGUGUUUAAGGAGUACCUGAUUGAGCUGUUUUUCCUGCAGCAUCUGCAGGGAAACAUGAUGGACUACCUUACUUUCAAGAAAAAGCCCUGUGUGCCUCUCUUCACCUACCUGAGGCAAAAUGAUCUUGACCUUGAAGAUGAAGAGGAGGAGGAAGAGCAGUCAGAAGUCAUCAAUGAUGAGGUGAAAGUAGUGACUGGAAAGGAUGGACAGACGGUGACUCCUGUUGCUAUAGCUACACAACUCCCACCCAACGUGUCUGCAGCGUUCUCUGCUCAGCAGCAGUUCCAGACCCAUGCCGGGGUGGCAGGUGGCAGCAUCUCGAACCCUGUGGACAUGGAGGCUUUCAAACGGCAGCAGGCCAUGGCACAAGCAGGAGGCAUGCCCCCGACUCCACAAACAGUCCAGAUUGGUGGGCAGAAACAGAACCAGCAACAGUACGACCCGUCCAAAGGUCCCCCAGUCCAGAACGCCGCCAGUCUCCAUACGCCACCCCCACAGCUUCCAGGCCGCCUCCCCCAGGGUGGGCUCCCUAUGGCUGGCCUGCCUCUCUCCCUGUCCCAGGGCCAGGCCAUGGUGGUGGACCAGCAUGCUCCAGUGGCUGGUGGUCAGCUCCAGGUGAAGGUGCAGGGUGCCGGGGCCGUGCUGGCUCCAGUCAACCCACAUGCGCAGCUACAGGCACAGCUUCAGCAGAUGCAGUCAGGACUCCACCUACAGAUGCAGCAGCAACAGCAGAUGCAGCAGUUGGUCACGCAGCCAGGACAGGCAACUGUGGCACUUGUGCGUCCUGGAUCAGAUUCUUCCCAGCCUGCCCAGCGUUUGUUGUCCAACUCUCUCUCCAACCCUGCCAUGUCUCCUGCUCCUCUAACAUCCCCAUCUCUCUCCUCCCCACACCCUUCUGUUCCGGUCCGCACCCCCAGUACUGGCCUCAGCCUCUCUCCUGCUGCCCAGUCCAAACUCGCUACCACGAAUGGCACCACCGGGCUGAAAAUGUCCGGUCUGGGUCAGAGUCCAGUUGGGCAGAACUCACAGGAAUGCUCUCAGGACAAGCAAGCAGAACAAGCCAAGCGGGAGAGUCAUGUGCACCAGCGCAUUGCAGAUCUCCGUAAAGAAGGCCAGUGGUCAGCUAGCCGCUUACCCAAGCUGCAGGAGACCUGCAGGCCCAAAUCCCACUGGGACUACCUGCUCGAGGAGAUGCAGUGGAUGGCUGCUGACUUUGCCCAGGAAAGGCGCUGGAAGAUGGCUGCUGCCAAGAAGCUUGUGCGCACAUGUGCACGUUACCAUGUUGAACAGAAGAAGAUGGAGGAACGUGAGAAGAGGGAGGAGGAGAUGAGGCUGCGGCACAUUGCCAGCACCAUCGCCCGUGGGGUUGAAUACUUCUGGUCCAAUAUUGAACAGGUCGUAGAAAUUAAGCUGCGUUUUGAGAUCUAUGACAAACGACAAAAAGUUCUUAGCUUGCAGAAGGCUGUGAGUAAAGGCCAGUGUGCUAAAGUGACCCAGUCAUCUGGAGAGAAGUCCGAUAAAGAGAGUAAAGGGCAGGAGACUGGCCCAUCCCGCAAGAGAAAGCCAAGCACCUCGUUGUCGGAUGUAGAGGUUGAAGAUGAGGAAAGUACAAUAGAGGAGCAGGAGGCUGUGGAGGUGGCAGCUGAUCAGAAAGCAGAGCUGGCUGAACUAACAAAAGAAGCUGGAGUGCCAUUGGAUGAUCUGGUGAAGCAGUAUGCUGGUGCUUACGCAGAGGGCUUUGAGUGGCCACAGCCUUCCAGCCAGAGCGAAGAUGAAGACAGAGAGGAAGCUGAAGGCAUGGAUUCUCCGUUGGACAGUCCACAUGAUGCGGUGCUGAUAGACUCUUUGCUGAGUAUGGAUCAGUACCGUGGGGCUGAGCGGACAGCUUCUGGCCCUGAUGGGAAGCCCACAAAGGAUAUCGCCGAGGUCGCUGCAGCAACAGACCUGAUUCUGCCCAAAGGGAGUGCCAGGACCACUCUAACUAGUCGUUCUUCUCCUCCUGCUCUGCUGCAUGGUUCUCUGAGAGAGUACCAGCAGGUCGGGGUGGAGUGGCUGGCAAGCCUCCACCGCAAGAACCUUAACGGCAUCCUGGCAGAUGAAACUGGCCUUGGCAAAACCAUACAGACUGUGGCUUAUUUUGCUCACUUGGCCUGCAACCAGGGUAUCUGGGGGCCGCAUUUAGUGGUGGUGAGGACCUGUAAGCUGCUAAACUGGGAGAUGGAGUUCAAACGGUGGUGUCCUGGACUGAAGAUACUCCUGUACCUCGGCAGCAGAAAGCAACGCAGAUACAAGAGAUCGAGGUGGUGUGAGCCGAACAGCUUCCACGUGUGUGUGACUUCAUACAAGCUUCUGCUGAAAGAUCAGUCUCACUUCCUGAGGAGGCGUUGGAGGCACCUGGUGCUAGACGAGGUGCAGCUCAUCAAAAACAUGACGGAGAAACACUGGGAGACCAUCUUCAACAUAAAGAGUCAGCAGAGGAUCCUCUUAAUCAACACACCUCUGCAGAACACUCUGAAAGAGUUAUGGACCAUGAUCCACUUCCUCCUGCCUGGAAUCACUCAUCCAUACCUGAAAUUCCCCAUCAAACCCGGGACUGAUCAGAAUCAGGACUACUGCCACAAACUGGUCAUCAGACUGCACAGGAUGAUUCAACCCUUCAUCCUGCGCCGUUCUAAGAGAGACGUGGAGAAGCAAAUGCCUAAGAAGUAUGAACACAUUCUCAAGUGCCGUCUGUCCAAGAGGCAAAAGAGCAUGUAUGAGGACAUCCUCAUCCAGCCCAGUGCACAGGAAGCACUGAAGACUGGGCAUUUUGUCAGAGUCCUGGAGGUUCUUAUGCAGCUCCAGAAGAUCUGCAACCAUCCAGACCUGAUCCAGAACAGAGACGCACGUAACUCUUAUAUAUGCCAGCCACUGCAGUACAACACCCCAUCAUUACUGCUCACAGCCCUGCAGCAGGACCAGUGGAAGACUGUAGAUAUGUCACUGUUUGACCUGAUCGGUAAUGAGGGCAGAUCAACCCGUUAUGAGGCCGAGGAGGCUCUGCCAAAACUCAGAAUGACCAAACAGCUGAUUGAAGAGAUCUACAAUGCACGCGACCCACCAGCCAGACCCAAACCAUGCAAGAUCAAACCUAUGAGGUUGUUCCUUCCAGUGCAGUAUGGGACUAAACCAGAGGGUCGCCUGGUCCCCAUGACUAGCAGCACCACUCAAGCCCCUCGUGCCACUGCUGUGACUACUGCCCCCACCACCACUACCAACCCUGCUACUGCAGCUCCAAGCACACAGCCCAGAGGCAAAUCACCUCUUACCACAACCACUUCUGCACAGGCCGCCGCAAUCAGCAGCUCAUCCGGAUCACUCUUAACAGGAGCCACCCCUAACCCCCCUUCUACCCCUCUGGCUGUGGGUGUGACAGGGGUCAUCACUAUGCCUGCUGUGGCCCCCCAUGCCCCUGCUGCCCACUCCCUCCAGCCCAGUUUGGUACCCCAGAGGCUGGUGCUCAGCUCCCAGGCCCAGGCACGCUUGCCUAGUGGAGAUGUAGUGAAGGUUACUCAGUUGGUUGGGCAGGGUCGUAUCGCCCAGCCAGAGACCCCUGUGACCCUGCAGUUCCAGGGCAACAAGUUCACUUUGUCUCCUAGUCAGCUGCGGCAGCUCACCACUGGCCAGCCCCUGCAGCUCCAAGGUACACUCGGCAACAUCUUGCAGAUUGUGUCUGCCCCGGGACAGCCUCUUCUCAGGCCACAGGGGCCGCCCAUGGUGAUGCCUACCAUACCCCAGGCUGUGCCUGUACAGAACUCCUCAGGCACGCCGCCCCCUGCCACCUCCACACCCCAGCAAGCAGCCACCAUGGCAAGCACCACAGUCACUCAAGCUGCCACAGACAUGGAAACAAAUGCUAAACACUCUACAAACACCACAACACAGGAGUCAAGCGAGGAAAGAACCAGGCAGCUGAAAGAGCGUCUGUCUAGUUUAUUUUAUGCCAACGAGCGGCGUUCCUCACGCUCUGUGAUGUAUGGUUCUGACCUGAUUAAGACCUGCUCCAUUUAUGAGGGACACCCUCCACCAGCCUUCCCUGCACCCCAGCACUCCCGCUGGUCCUGGGUCGGCAGAGACAGCUGUAUUAGGGCUCAGCGGACAUGUGUGUCCACGGUGGCUCCACUCCGCACAGCGAUUCUCUCUAACACGGAGCAGGAGGCAGCAGCAGGCACCUUGUUGAAGAGGUUCUCCUGCAUACUUCCUGCUGCUGUGGCCCCUCCACCUCAGCUGUAUGCGUCCAAUCCUCCACCAUCUUACAGCCUAGCACAAAAAUCAUUCAGGCGACAGCUACAGGAAGUGUCCGCUCCACACAACGCAGAGAUCCGUAACUUAGCCUGUCCUCCUGUCGUCAGAUUCCCUGAUGUACACAUGUUGGAGAUGGAUUCAGGAAAACUGGAGGCGCUGUCUAUCUUGCUGCAGAAGCUGAGUGCUGAGAACAGGCGUGUGCUGAUCUUCACCCAGAUGACCAGCAUGCUGGAUAUACUGGAGGUCUUCUUAGACCACCGUCACCUCACCUAUGUACGGCUGGAUGAGAGUCUGUCACUGGAGGAGAGACGGGAGCAGGUCAAGAGGUUUAACCGCAACAGACAGAUCUUCUGCACCAUUCUGACCAAUCGCUGCUGCUCAGCCAUGGGCCAUGUGUUUGACGCGGAUACCAUCGUGUUUUAUGACACAGACCUAAAUCCCAGCAUGGAUUUACGCACACAGGAGUGGUGUGACAAGAUCGGCCGCUCCAAAGACAUUCACAUCUACAGGUUGGAGAGCGGGAACUCAAUUGAGGAGAAGCUCUUAAAGAAUGGCACUAAAGACCUUAUACGAGAGGUAGCUGCGCAGGGCAGGGAUUACACUCUAGCCUUUUUAACACAGCGCACCAUUCAAGAUCUGUUUGAGGUGGAGCCUGGUUCUGGAGAGAAGGUGGAGGAGUUUGUGGUACUCCACCAGGAGCCAUCCCCGUCUGAAUCUAUCCCCCCUCAUGUGGCCAGACCCUACAUCCAGGCCCUGAACACCAUCCGAAAGGAAACCCAGUAUGAAGUUGAGGUCAAGGAGACAGAGAUAGACAAGAAAAGUGAUAAAGUGGGGGGACGAGAAGAGAUGGAUGUGGGGGAAGGGGUGAGAGAGGAGGCGUCACAGUUAGAGGAGUUGGCGGCAGUCAUGGAGCAGCUGACUCCUAUUGAGAGAUACGCACUGCACUAUCUGGAGUACUUGCACAUCAGUGAAGAUGAACAGGUUAUAAAGGAGCGCAUAGAAGCUGCUAAGAGAGGCUGGGAGCUGCAGCAGCAACAGAAACUAAAGGUAGAGAAAACAGAGCAAAUGAUCCUAGAAGAUGAGGAGGAUCUGUUCACCUACACAAGAGAGGACGCAUACAACAUGGAGUAUGUGUUCGAGAAUGAGGAUGGACAAACAGAAAUAAUGCCGCUGUGGACUCCCCCAACUCCUCCACAGGAUGAUAACGAUAUCUACAUUGACUCUGUAAUCUGCCUCAUGUAUGACACUGCACCAAUGCCCGAAUCCAAACUGCCCCCAGUCUAUGUCCGCAAAGAGCGCAAGAGACACAUGGACCCGUCAGCUCUGGGACGCAAGAAAAAGAAGGGACAUGGAGAAUCAGUGAUUCCUCCACGCUCUCUCUUUGAUAAGGCCAGUCUGCUCAAAGUAAGGCGGGAGGGUAAAGACCAGAAGAAGAACUUCUCUCUGAAGCAACAGGCUCCCUUUGCCAAACCGCUGCCCUCACUGCUCAAACCAGCCAUGGAGGCUGGGCAGGACAACCCUGAGUGGCUUAUCAGUGAGGAUUGGGCCCUGCUACAGGCUGUGAAGCAGUUACUGGAGCUUCCUUUGAACCUGACCAUCGUGUCUCCAGCACACACUCCUAACUGGGACCUGGUGAGCGACGUGGUCAACUCUUGUAGCAGGAUUUACCGCUCGCCGAAACAAUGCCGUAACCGCUAUGAGAAUGUCAUCAUUCCCAGAGAGGAGGGCAAACUAAUAUAUGAAGCUAACCCUAAGAAAAACAAGACCAAGAGCAUUUAUAAGUCCAAGAAUAGUCGUCCUCUGCGCACGUGUCAGAUCUACACACAGGAUGACAAUGCCACCCAGAUCCAGCUGUACAACAACCGCUUUGAGCUGAUGAAAAUCAUUGCUAGCAAGAGGAGCCCACCAAUAAAACCACUACUAGGCAUGAAUCCAUUCCAGAAGAAUCCUAAGCAUGCCUCUGUGCUGGCUGAGAGCGGGAUAAGCUACGACAAGCCUCUGCCUCCUAUCCAGGUCGCCUCUCAGAGAGCUGAGAGAAUCGCUAAAGAGAAAAAGGCACUAGCCGAACAACAGAGGGCUCAGCAGUUAGCCCAGCAACAACAGCAGCAGACUACAGGAGCCGCCCAGCCUCAGGGAGCUGCUGCCCAGCCUCAAGCCCAGCCACAGACCACUGCAUCCGCCGCACAGGCGGCGGGAGUGCCCCAGCCCAACCAACCCGGGGCAGCAGCAGUCCCCAACACCGCUGUACUGACUGGAGCUAUCAAGACCGCUGCAGUGGGCACAAGCAUCCAACCAGCAACAGCUACAGUAAGUGGAAAUGUGAUUGUAAACACUGUGGCUGGAGUUCCUCCCGGUCAGUUCCAGGCGAACAAACGUCUGGCGUCUCCUGUCAUACCUGGAACCCUGCCUACGGCAGGAACUACCACGGCUCAGGUGGUUCACACUCAGCAGAGAGCUGUGCCUGCAACGGCGGCCCCAGCGGAGGUCGUUGCCAUUGCGACAGGUCAGAGCGUGAGAGCCGUUACCCCAGUGACCGCAUCAGCUGUGGUGUCGACUAAUCUGACUCCGGGUCAGUCCCAAACACGCACGCUGGUGGCUCCAGCUCCCGGUAUGCAGUUGUCUCAGGGUAAACCACUCACGUCAGCUCAAUUCCAACAAUUACAACUCAGACAACAGUUGCAGCAACAACCACAGGCUGCAUCUCCACAGAUCAAAGCAGUAGGAAAGCCACAGCAGGAGUUGUUGAAGAAGCAGAAACUGCAGAUGGCCCAGCAGCAGGUUGCGGCGGCGGUAGCUGCAGCUCAAGGUCAGCAGGCUACAUCUACUCAGCAACCGCAGCAGGUUCACGCCACACCGGCGGCUACGUCCAACCCUCAGAUAGCGGCAGUCACUGCGCCCAGAGCAGGUGCUGUGCUUGCUGGAACUACAGUCACCAACUUACAGGUGGCCAGACUGACACGUGUCCCAGCCCCAGGAUCCAUUCAAACUCAGUCGGGUCAAACCGCUCAGGUGACUCUGACCAAACCACCUCCUGUCGUCUCAGUUCCUGCUGUGGUUUCAUCCGGAGUCACGACUCUUCCUGUCACUGUGGCCGGCAUUAGCGUCGCCAUUGGGCAAGCGCAGAAAGCAGGUGGUCAAGUGGUGACCCACCCGUUUCAGGUGCAGCAGGUUCAGCAGCUGUUGCACAGACAAAAGCAGCAGGCAGCGGCACAAGCCGCUGCGGUCCAGAAGGCAGCACAGCCACAGCAAACACAGGCUGCGGUGCAGCAAAAGCUGGGCACGCAGCAGGCCGCUCAGACCACAGCCCAACAGCAGCAGAAAGUAUACACCGCCACCACUCCACUUCAGCCCGCCAUUAAGACCCAGUUCUUCGCCACCUCCAUCGGACAGCCACAGAAACCUACACAGCAGAUACAGGUCACUAAGAUUCCUCAAAUAGUUCAACAGCAGAUAGUAUCCUCACCUCAACAGAUCCAGGCUCAGCCUCAGACAGUGGCCCUGACGCAGGCAGCACCCUCAGCAAGUUCGGCACAGGCGCAGGCCCAGGUGCAGGUCAUCCCCACAGGCACCACCACAACUGCACAGGUGGUGCAACAAAAGCUCCUCCCGCAGCAGGUUGUUACGGCAGCAGCAGCCUCCCCUCAAAUCCAGACCCCACCACCACACAGCCCUGCCCAGCAGCAGAGCACCGCGGCCGCCACCGCCUCAGAGUCUCCAGCGCUGCAGGCCUCUGCCACCCCACAGCCCCAGCAGGGCAAAGGAAACACCCGCACUGGGGCCGCCAUGCGCUCCAAAACCCCGGCCAAACCCAGCGGUGGCAGCUAGAGAGUAAUUGCAGGAGAAGGUACUUGGGCACAACAGAGGGCUGGUUUAUUUUUCCCUUCAUUUGUUUUGGAAAGACUGACCCUUUGUAAUACAGGAACUCAUCAUUGACUGUCUGGAUUGAGCUUUUUACAAUUUGAAGCAACACUCAUAAGCUAACCACGUCUCAUGUUAAUCAAACAUCACUCUGCCAAUGGCCCUCACUGUAUGGCCAAUCCAUUUUUUUUUUUUAAUUUUUACAGCUUAUUUACUGAAGCUCCUUCCUCAGGAGUCGAGCAUGACUUUAAAACAGUACGACGGCUCGUUUUCAUAUUGAACUCUUUACUGAGCCACUAAAUGCUUGCUGUACUUUUUCUACCAUGCUACGUGCUCUGUUUAUACAGUGUUUAACAUGUCAUCACAUCCUUGGUCAUGGAUCAAGUGCGUUUGGAUCACAACAGCCAUCAGCUUCAUCACUUCAUUUGGCGUGCCAGGAACUCUUUUGGCAGGUCGUCUCAACAUUAUUCAUAAUGUUCAAUAAGUCGAAUUAUAUGUGUGUGUCCCCCAAUGUUUUUUUAAUAGGUGUGGUGUUGUUGUCCCUUUGCUGUUUGUGUCAGUAAAUAUCCCUUUAUUUAAGCAUUUAAUGACGAUAAUCAAGAUUAGCAAGGCUCGACGAACCAAACUCAUCCUUUUGGGAUGUAGAAAUGGCAAACUACCUUUAGUUCGAUAUAUGUGACCCAUUCAAAAGCUCCCUCUCUGUAGAAGAAUUGAAUAUAUCAGCUUGUAUCAUGAAACUCCCCUAAAACUAAUUCUUGUCACCAUAUACACAAGUUCAGCUGCAUGGAUGGAUACCAUCUGAAAACUGUCAAGUGACGUGUACUUGUGUGUGUGAAAUGUUUGUGUUAAUUGGUACAGCAAUUCAGAAUGCGAUUUAACAGUAAAUUAAUAGAAAAACUAUCCUGCGCUGUAGCCAUUUCAUGGUAGCGGCAGCUGUGGGAAUUAUCGCCCUCCCAACUUCGAUUUGGAAGAAAUGUCAUCGCUGAAAACACAUCUGUGAAAUAUUUCCGUUUUUCUUAUGCAUAGUUAUGAACAAUGUCACCAUUAGUCAGUUGAGUCAGACCUCAGCUUGGCUGUUAGUGUGUUUACGUUGGCCUGCUAUCAGUGAUGAACGGACUUAAAUCAAGACUUUCCGUCUGUGUAUCUAAAUCAUAUAAUGUCGGGGCUUUCAGUCAUAAAUACGUCUUUUUGUAUUGAUGUUGGGUCAGGAACACUUGUAAAUAACUCGGGAGGGAGACAACGGCAUUUGUAUUUGUAAAGUAGUUGUGUAUUCAUUGAAUUUUUUUUUCAGCCUACUUGUAUAAAGUGUUAUGUUUUUACUCAC